AUGCUGGAUGUCGUUCCCUCUGCAUGGGUCAACCUGAAAGCGAAGCCAAAUGUUUGUCGUUGGCCCCCCUAUUCAACAAAUUCUAGGAUUGUGAGAGCAGCAAAAGCCAGUGUACAACCGGAAACUAAUUGGAAAAGAUAUGUUGUAAAAGUGAUCCACAAGUCUAGAUAUUAUCAAAAUGCUGUAAAAGCAUUAAAAAGAUUCCAAGCGCAGGAAGACAGUGAUAUCGAAAUGUUUUCUCCUGAAAGUACAGUGGAAAGCACACCUAGAAGACAGUUUCUCGAAAAAGUUAGGUCACUGGUUCAAUCCCCUCGCGCCUAUAAAUGUCCUGAGGGUUAUUCUGGUCUGGACUACGACCUCGAAGGUGCUGACCACUCUAAUGAUGGAUUCCCAACACAGGCCCCACAAAAAAAAUAUCUAAGUCAUGAGGAGAGGAUUCUAGAAGAACAUCAAUUCAAAGAGCCAUUCGACGCAGAGCCCCUAGAUGAUGAGCUCCUUGAAGCAGUGCCCCUUGAAGAAGAGGGUGAUCAACUAAAAACAUUUACGAUUGGAGAUAAGAGUUGCAACAACUGUAUAAAAUUACAAGGCCAACUUAAAGUUCUAUUUGACAUUUUAAAGUCGAUCAAAUCUCAAGUGGACUAUAACAGGGAACUGCUUGAAAAAAGAGAAGUUUCGAAAGAAGCACCACGCUUCUCCUUCAAUCUGUUAGAAAGCUACGAAGAGUGCAGCUUGUUGAAUGAGGAGUUAGAAAACGACUCAAGAUUUUUAACUUUC